UGCAGAGAAGUGGACAAGAAGACAAUCUCAGUUCCACAACUGGAGAGUGACCUGUGGCUUGGAAUCAGGUUUCUAUCAAGUCUUCUUUGGAAAGGGAUCUAUUGCAGCAAGGAUUGGAGACCUGGAUCUUCUGUUGUAAAGUGCUCAUAGCUGGGGCUAAGGGGGUGGUGAAAUCUGACUCACCCUAAGAGUCACCAAGGGGCAAUACUCAUGAUUUUGAGAUGAAAUUACAUCUUUACCUGGGAUACUAAGUUGCCAAGGAAACUGGAAGUUGCCUUGGGGAACUCUGCAGUCAACACUUGAGAUUCCGAUAGGGGAACUAGGAGCCUUUUUUUUCCCAAAAAGUAGACACACUAUAUUGGCAGGAUCUAAAAAGGUUGAGUAUAAUUUCUGCAAGAAAUCAAAGUUGGAUAAAGUAGGAAGGAGCUGAUCCUCUGGUUGUGGGGUUUACAAGAGUCGAGAAGACGACAAAGGGAGCAAGAAAGGCAGCAGGAGCCCCUGCUGGGAAUAUGGGCACUUUGAGGGACUUGCAAUAUGCUUUGCAGGAAAAGAUAGAGGAGCUUAGGCAGAGGGAUGCUCUCAUAGAUGAGCUGGAGCUAGAGUUAGACCAGAAGGAUGAGCUCAUUCAAAGGUUACAGAAUGAGCUGGAUAAGUAUCGCUCUGUGAUCAAACCAGCAACCCAACAAGCUCAGAAACAGACCUCCAACACCUUGGGGGAGCAGAGGACCAAGAGGCAGGCUAUUUCAGCAGAGCCAACUGCUUUUGACCUGCAGGAUCUCAGCCAUGUCACUCUACCUUUCUACCCCAAGAGCCCACAAUCCAAGGAUUUAAUUAAAGAAGCCAUCCUUGACAAUGACUUCAUGAAAAAUCUGGAAAUAUCGCAGAUCCAAGAGAUUGUGGACUGUAUGUAUCCAGUUGAAUAUGGUAAAGACAGUUGCAUUAUCAAGGAGGGAGAUGUGGGAUCGCUGGUGUAUGUCAUGGAAGAUGGGAAGGUUGAAGUUACAAAAGAAAGCGUCAAGCUGUGCACAAUGGGACCAGGCAAAGUAUUUGGGGAGCUUGCUAUUCUCUACAACUGCACCCGAACUGCAACCGUCAAAACACUGACAAAUGUAAAAUUAUGGGCCAUCGAUCGACAAUGUUUUCAGACAAUAAUGAUGAGAACCGGUCUUAUCAAGCACACGGAAUAUAUGGAGUUUCUAAAAAGUGUUCCAACAUUCAAGAGCCUUCCUGAAGAAAUUCUUAGUAAAUUAGCGGAUGUACUUGAAGAGACUCACUAUGACUGUGGAGAUUAUAUUAUCAGACAAGGAGCCAGAGGGGACACGUUCUUUAUUAUCAGCAAAGGAAAGGUAAACGUUACUCGAGAAGAUUCUCCUAAUGAAGAUCCGAUAUAUAUACGCUCUUUAGAAAAAGGUGACUGGUUUGGGGAGAAAGCACUUCAAGGGGAAGAUGUCAGGACCGCAAACGUGAUAGCUGCAGAGGCUGUGACAUGCCUUGUUAUUGACAGAGACUCUUUUAAACACUUGAUUGGAGGCUUAGAUGAUGUUUCUAACAAGGCUUAUGAGGACGCAGAGGCUAAAGCAAAAUAUGAAGCCGAAGCCGCUUUCUUUGGAAACCUUAAAUUAACAGAUUUCAACAUUAUUGACACGUUAGGAGUUGGCGGAUUCGGAAGAGUUGAACUGGUUCAACUGAAAAGUGAAGAAUCAAAAACGUUUGCAAUGAAGAUUCUUAAAAAGCGUCACAUAGUGGACACCAGACAACAGGAGCACAUUCGAUCAGAAAAGCAAAUAAUGCAAGGAGCUCACUCAGAUUUCAUUGUAAGGUUAUACAGAACGUUUAAGGACAGCAAGUAUUUAUAUAUGCUGAUGGAAGCCUGUCUAGGUGGAGAGCUUUGGACUAUACUCAGGGACAGAGGUUCAUUUGAAGAUUCUACAACAAGAUUCUACACAGCUUGUGUAGUAGAGGCGUUUGCCUACCUGCAUUCCAAAGGAAUUAUAUAUAGAGACCUUAAACCAGAAAACCUAAUUCUGGACCAUCGAGGUUAUGCAAAACUGGUUGAUUUUGGCUUUGCAAAGAAAAUAGGAUUUGGUAAAAAAACAUGGACGUUUUGUGGAACCCCAGAAUAUGUAGCUCCAGAGAUCAUCCUGAAUAAAGGUCAUGACAUUUCAGCAGACUACUGGUCAUUGGGAAUCUUAAUGUAUGAGCUCCUGACUGGCAGCCCACCUUUCUCAGGUCCAGACCCCAUGAAGACUUACAACAUUAUAUUAAGAGGAAUUGACAUGAUUGAAUUUCCAAAGAAGAUAACCAAAAAUGCUGCUAACCUAAUAAAAAAACUAUGCAGGGACAAUCCGUCAGAAAGAUUAGGAAACUUGAAAAAUGGAGUGAAAGAUAUCCAAAAGCACAAAUGGUUUGAAGGCUUUAAUUGGGAAGGUUUAAGAAAAGGCACACUGACACCUCCUAUAGUACCAAGUGUUGCAUCACCAACAGAUACAAGCAACUUCGACAGCUUUCCAGAAGACAAUGAUGACCCACCUCCUGAUGACAACUCAGGAUGGGAUGUAGACUUUUAAUGCAUUUUUCAUACCUGCUUCUGCCUUGCUGAAGACAGCUUUCCUGAGAUGUGGCUGCCAAGAAAAAUGAAAAAAAAAAAGAAGGAACAGGGGAAGAAAAGAGCUCGGGGUCACCACGAUGCCUUGAUUGAUGCUGCUACAGUAACUACAGUGGCAUUAGGACUUAUUGCUAGACAACAAUAUGCUCUUUAACAUGUUUUAUGUUCGACCUUAACAUAGCAGUUGACAUGGUGGUCCUGAAGCAAAAGUCCCUUAAUAAUUAAAAAAAACAUGCUUUCUAUAACAGUGAUAAUUUUACACAUUAUUUAAAAAUAUAGAAUAACCAUUUUUAAAAUUAUUCAUAAAUUGAAACUAGCGAUUUCCAUAAAAAGGAAUAAUUUAUUUCCAAACAAUAGUCCGAGGAGUGCAGGAUGACCUCUUCCUUGGUGUGUAUGAACUGGGAAACUUACUGCAGGUCAGCGUAUUUAUUAAAGUAUUCCCUAACUGUGCCCUGCUGAAAUAAAAAUAUAUAGUGAGAUUUUAUUUGUUAUUCUUUUUAACCUUGAAAAUAAUUACAUGUAUUAAAGAAUAUGUUGAUAAUCCCCAUACAUUGUGAGGACCACUUUACCAUCUGGUCAUUAUAUUCAUGAGUUUUCUUUCAAUGUUUUGUUAAUGACAAGACUGAAUGUUAACCUUUAUUUUGUCUUUUUUUUUAGAGUUAUCUUAAUAAAAGCACAACUGCUACACAUGCUGUUGAAAACUAUGAAGGAUAAUAUGGGUUCAUUCAUUCUCAUUUAGAUGUUUGAACACAGUUUGUCCAUGUUUUAUUUAGAAAGGAGACCAUGAAAAAUGUUAAGCAGGGAAAUGUAAAAUUAUAUUCAUCUCUAGUAAUGAAAAAUGAUAGUACAUUUCAGAUUUAAAUAUUUCUGCACUCAAAGAGGCACCAAUAUAUUGAUUUAUAAUACAUGGUGCAUUAAUUUGGUAACAACAUAUUUAAUAUUUAUUUAGUCCUGAUUGCAGAAUAAUGGCAGAAUUUUUUCUCUGCCAUGUAUUUCAGGUUGUGUGCAAUAUGGUAGACAUAUAGGAUAGCAAUAAUCAAGUGUCCAUCCCUUGUAUUGCGUCGACUCUUGAUAUAUCCUGACCUCAAGAUUCUAGGUAUGACAUAAAAAUGAACGUGACAGUCACUAUCAGCUUCCAAAUUUCCCUUAAAUGGCCUUUAUGUGAACAACACAGUAGACUGAAAAUGUACAUUUAUACUGUAGAAUUAAUUUACAAAGCAAAUAUAGUAACAUAUGAAUUGUCCUUUUGAUCCAUAUGUUUACUCCAUUUUUACUAGUAAAAAUAAACAAGUGUGUUGAAUACUAAAUGAGAAUAUUAUAGCUACAAUAUAAAAAAACAUAAAAACUAUAAUAUUAAAGAGAGGGUCUUAAACACUCAGUAACCCAUAAUGGUCAAUGACAAAUAAGCUCUUUUAACAAUAUCUAGGUGCUAUGUAUAUACUGAGUCUACAUAUACAACUGUUAUGAUAGCUAUGUUUAAUUAUUCUAGUAUGUAAAAGAUUAAUAUGGAAAAUAUUCCACUUUUUAUUUAAUGUCAUGUUUUUGGUCAUUCUUUUAAUAUGGUACGAUACAUUGAUGAUUUUUAAUUUGUGAAACUAUGAAAGAUAACUUAUGUUUAGUUGGUUACAUGAUUACAUUUAUACCAAAGUUCAGUUGAACCAUAAUAUAGUAAUUAACACUUAUAACAUAAAAUCUGACCCACUAAUAAGUAAUUUUUACUUACAUAUGUGUUUGCAGACUCUCUCUUAGGGAGGUUGGUUGCUUCUCUGAUAAAUAAUAAAUAGCUUAAAAAUACUGAAUUAGGUAAGUGUGAAAUAUACUCAACAUUACAUUGAUAUAGAUUUAUAGAGAAGCCAGUUCCACUAUACAAGUUAUGUGUAUCAAAUAAUAGUGCUUUUAGUGUCCAUAUGUAGCAAUAAUGCCAAGGUAGGUUAAACUACAAUAUCAACACAAGGAUUAUUACCUAUACAUUUUAAUGUGUGCUAAAUAAAGUGUGUAUAAGCAAAAAUUACAAGAAUACAAUAUAUAGUAACUUCCUUGACAUAAAUAAUAAGCAUUUUUGCUUAGUUUAUACUUCCAAUACUUUAAUGCACCAUGUUUGGAUAAUUCCAAACAAAAUUAGGAUAUCACUAUAUAGUACAAUUUACUGUACAAACUCCUAGUGUAAUAAUCUGUCCAAAGAAAAGAGUAUUAAGUUAUUUUGUAAUUCUUUUCAACUGUAGAUUUUAGUUAAGGCUUUUAAUUGCUUUGAGAAAAAAAUGGGACAUUAUCAUUGGCAUAAUCUCACAUUUUCAUUUGAUGUUUAUUUAUUGCAUGUUGUACAUUUUUUUUAUAACAUAAGAAUAACAUAAUAGAAAAGUAUUAGUAUAGGUAAAUGAUCUAUAAGGUAGAAACGAAUAUCUACAUUCUUCUUAUAAGAAACAGUUUCUUCUUUUGCUAUUUUUUCUGCUGUACACAAUUAGAAUAAUACAGCUUAUUGAAAGUAUUACAGUAAAUAACUGUUCUAAAGCAAAUGAAUGUAUUUUUGUUUUAUUUGCCCCAGUGUUAUUAAAUGAUAAGUUGUUUUUUUGCCAUAUUAAAUCAAAUACUAAAGAUUAAAAAAAUAAACACAUUAAAUCAACAAGUAUUGAUAUAAAAAUUGUGCAGUAGUGUAUGUAGCAGAUCAAUUGUUGAAAUAAGUCAGGAUUAACAAAAGAGCAUAGCAACAUUCAUCAUACCAUACACUGUCAUAACUUAACAACCUCUAGUCUAUAAAAAAAAGUUGAUUAUGAAGUAGAUCAAUUGCUAGUAAAUGUUAUAUCUAAUAUCAGCUAUGAGGGUUAAAUUUUGAUACAUUUUGCAUACAUCUUAAAGGGAUACUAAACCCACAUUUUUUCUUUAAUGAUUCAGAUAGAGCAUGCAAUUUUAGCCACCAUUCAGCAAGCGCUAUCCAGAGUGCUGAACCAAAAAUGGGACGGCUCCUAAGCUUUACAUUCUUGCUUUUCAAAUUAAGAUAGCAAGAGAACGAAAAACAUUUAAUAAUAGGAGUAAAUUAGAAAGUUGUUUAAAAUUACAUUCGCUAUCUGAAUCAUGAAAGAAAAAAAAAUGGGUUUAAUAUCCAUUAAAUUACAGAGAACUCAAUUCAAAACAAAAAUAACACCUUAUCAAUAACACAACUGAUUUUGUAAUUGCAAGCUUUCUAUUAUUAGACCAGUUUUGUGUUCAACUUUGGUCACUGUAGAAGUUCUCAUGUAUUUAAAGCUUUGGGAUACGUUCUAAGUAAUAACUCCAGAUUACACUGUUUAAUACAUUUUAAACUUUUUCUUCUUAACCCUCUGUUGUUUGAGCAAUUGCCAAAAACAACAAAAAAAUGUUGAUAAUUUAGUUAAAAAAUACCCUAUAAUACACUAUGUUUCGCACAAAAUAUAAAUUAGGAUUGUACGAGUCAACUUUCCUUCUUUACUUUUGUGGCUCUGUCUUGCGAUUCAUUUUUCAAAUAUUGCUUAUAUUGAUUAAUUGGCUUUUUAAGUCAAAGGAUAUUAUGUACUGGGUCUGUUGUCCAGAAAGGCAUUUUAAAACAUUAUUAUGCCAUUUAAGGCAAACGUGCAAUGCUUCAAUUAGGUGUAAGUUAAUUAAGAUUUAUGGAACAUAGUUGGAAGUCUGGCUAAAAAAAUAAUGGCUAAUCUUACAUUAAAGGUCAUUUUAUGACAACACUUUAUUGGGAGUUUACAAAUAUUUGUGCUCUUUAAAUGGAAGGGAAAGUAAAAUUUCACUCAUAGAUGAAUCCAGGAAAAUAUGAAUUAAUAAUUAACAGGUUUUAGGUUUUGACAGUCUCACUUUAUCACUUCCAUUCCUUGUACUUCAUUAUUAAUGUACAUUAUUAUCAUCAUAUUUAUUUGUAUUUAUGUGAUCACUUAAGAACUCAUCUCCUCAAAUGUAAUUUGACGGUCACCAUUGAAUAUUCAAGGAACAGAGGUAAAAAUAAAAAUUCUUCCUAUUUUGCAUUAUCUAUUAUUUUACCUUACAUAAUUGUAGGACCACAGACAAGUAAUAUAUUUGUGUAAAUAUAUAUUUUUGAGCAUUAUUAAUUCUUUAUUCAGUAGUUUGUGGCAUUAUUUAUUCAUUUUUUUCUGAUUUGUACUUUGUUGUGUUUUAUUAAAUAUGAGUAGACUUGAAUUAUUGUCAAUAUUAGUGAAUAAUGUCAACUUUACUCUGUUCGCCAUCUGUCUCAUAAUUCUUAAACAUCACCUGACUAUUUUGGCAUUGUUAUAAGUGCCUUAAAUUCAUGGCAUCCUAUAAAGAAUAAAAAAAAAUUUGUGUUAUGCUGCAUGAAAAAGACAAACACACCUCAAAUCGUCAUCCUUUCUAAGCUUGCUGCGUUUUACAGUUCUUUCUGCUGAAACUUUAUAAGUCUUUAUUAUAUAUUGAUGAUACAGAAUUGAUUACCGUGUUCUCUUAUUUCUGUUUAUUGUACUGGAGUUGUUUAUAUGUUAAUCAAAUGCAACAUCAUUUCUGUGAAAUGUUUAAAUGUACGUGCAGGUCUAAUUAAUGUGUGACAAAGGUAUUACUGUUAUGCUAAGGUGCACAUAAAAAUAUUUCAGUGGUAAUGUAAGCAUUUAAUAGCCACCAUAUCAAAUGUUGUAGUCUGAAUUAUAAAUAUCUGUAAGAGGGUACGUUAGUAUAUAAUCUCAGACAACAGGAAUCACAUGUUAAAGUGUUUGAGCAUCUAGAUUUGAAAUGAUCAAACUGUAAUGUUUUAUUUAAAGUGAGGAAAUACUGCAUUGUACCUUGUGCUAUUUUAUUUGUGUUCAUAGUUGUAAUGGUUGUUCGGUUGGAUUGUCAGGAAAGGGAUCAAAUGACGGGUGAAAUGUUGGUUACAACACAAAAUUCAAAAUGACCUGACAUAACAAUUUAAGUCAUCGUUGUCCAGCAUAUGGUUAAGGGGAAAGAAAGGAGAGAAGAAAAGAAAGAAUAAAGUUAGUAAUGGAAGAAAGCAUGGGAAAACGCAAUACAAUAGAAGAAUGAGCAGAGGAGGAAAGAAAGGGUGGGAUCUUAUAGAAGAAAGAAAGAGGAAGGAAAGGAAGGAUGAGAGAAAGAAAAGGAAUGAAAUAAAGGAAGGAGGAACACAGGAAGUAAGGAUGGGAUUGUAUUGAUUUAUCUACCUUGGUCUACACAAUAGUAAAACAUAGAUAACUGUAUCAUAUUACCAAGCAGAUAUUUACAUUUGGAUGAGCCAGAUGAACAAUACAAAAAAAGUCCAUGAUGGAUCCUUGAGUGACAAGGUUGGACAACCCUGCUUUAAAUAUGUUCUAGUGAAGUUUAAGAAUGCUAAGCCAGUUGUUAAACUGCACAGUCCGUAUUCUUCAAUACUUUUACUCAAGACAUAAGUUAUAUCUAUGUUGAACCUAGGUAUAAGUUAUUUCAAAUUCACCUUACUUCUUUAUUUUAAUUGUGUACAGGGAUUUGCAAUUAGCACAAACUUCUUCCAACCGUUGUAAGGAUCUCUGCUUUAUAUGCAUCUAUAACAUUUCCUGUGCACCUUCUGCAACUUCUAUAACGUAACUUAUGACACAUUAAAUGGUGUUGAGCUCAGUUUUUCCUACGAUGUAUUGUACAGAUUAAACUAAAGGCUCUACUUGUUUUUCUUAUAAAAAUAAUGUUUUGUACUAUUUAAAUGUUGUUUUUAAACACAAUAAAAAGUGAAAGUCCCUCAUCUCCAACAAUUACUGAUUUAAGUGGCUGUGUAUAUUUUUUUAAAUAAGAUUAAGGGGCAUAUUUAUCACGCUGCUCCAUAACCUGUCUGCCUGCUCUGAGGCGGCGGACAGAAAUCGACCCAAUUGAAUACGAUCGGGUUGAUUGACACCCCCUGCUAGCGGCCGAUUGGCUGCAAAUCUGCAGGAGACUGCAUUGGUGCAAUGAUAAAUGCAGACAGUGUAUGCUGUCGGCAUUUAUCGAUGUGCAGAGGACAUGAUCCGCUAUAUAUCAGAUCAUGUCCGCUCACACCAUGAUAAAUAGGCCCCUAUCAGUAUUCUUGUUUCAAGGAAUUUAAUUUGUUUCCUUUUAUAAAAACUUUAAAGGAAAGACUAAUAUACUAUGGGCCAGAUUACAAGUGGCGCAAGCGAUAUUGUGUUUAUUGCGGCUGUUUGCGUGUGUCGGAUGUAGAGCUCAUAUUACAAGUUGAAUAUAAACGUGAUAAAAGUGCAAUUGAAUUUAACAUGCAUAAGGAUAUCGGGACCUCAGACCUCUGGUUGAUUGUUUCUCAAAACAAAAAAUUACAUUUAAAAUUACAGAUACACUCAUAAUAACACUAUUUAAUUAAAAUUAUUUUUUUUAAAAAAUGCACAAAAACUUUAUAGUUAUGAGGUCUCAGGUGUUAGAAAAAAAUUCAUGCAAAGUGCUUUAACAUAGAGAUACAUAUAUUUACAUGUCUAUACAGAUGUAUUUAUAUUUGUAUAUACAGACAUAUAAAAACAUACAUUCAAGUGUAUACAUAUAGAGACAUAUAUAUGUGCAUUGGAGCCCUUUCCAAUCAAGUAGAUAAAAACAUGUAAUAUUCAUAGUUAAAGUUUUUAACUAUGUAUUUACUGUAAAUAUUUCACAUUCCAAUGUUCUGCACCUAGCAGAAUAUGUUCUAUGUUUUUAUAAAUAUAUGUUCCUAUAUAUAUAUAUAUAUAUAUAUAUAUGUACCUAUAUGUAAUUAUAUAUAUAUAUAUAUAUAUAUAUAUAUAUAUAUAUAUAUAUAUAUAUAUAUAUAUAUAUAUAUUGUACCAAAAUACCAUCAGAUAUAUAUAGAAAUAUGUAUUUAUGAAUAAAUAGAAAUUAUUCUUCCAUAUGAAGAACAUUGGAAUGUGAAAUUCAUAUGUUCAUGUCGAUUAAGCACACAUGAGAAUAUGUGAUCAGGUUUGCGUGCGAUUAGAGUGUUAGUUUUUCUCCCCACUUUUUUUGCGCCAUUGACUCCUAUGGGGAAAUGAGUUAACGAGCACUUGAUAUUGUAAGUUCGUCUUUUUAUGUGCAUCGAGUUAGCGCGCAAGUGGAAACUUUUUACUUUUAACCUGUAAUAUGAGGGCUUCCCGAUGCACACCAGCUCACUUCUAGCGGAGUUACCGCGUAAGCGGGAGCAAUAAAUACCGCACCACUCGUAAUCUGGCCCUUUAUUUAACAGCUGGGUUAGUUCCUGUAUCAUAUUUUUUUAUUUUACUUGGUUAGGUCAUUUACCUCAGUUAUUGGGCUGGAAGAUUUGAAAUUUGUCUAUAGAAAAAAAAUGACAUUUCACCCGUUAUUUGAUCGCUAUAUUUGAUGAAACAAUCGCAUUAGGCUCUCAGUUUGAUGCAGCACAGUAAGACAGCAAAAUGUAGCAAUAAAUUCUCAUGUGAAAUAAAUUACAGUAAGAUAAAAAGGCUUUUGUGUAUAUCUACAUAGUGGAUAUUACACAUAAAUUACUGCAAGACUUUUGUGAGUGCCCAGAAAAAAAUAACAGGAUAUUGUAUUUUAAAGCAACGAAAUUCCUCUAGAGCAUUUAGCAGAGCAGCGUCACUGCUAUCUGAGUUCUUGUAUAUGCAAUCCAUUUGACACAAGCUCUCCAAAUGCGUAGAAAGCAGAACUUUUGAGUGUGUUCUAUUUCUCCUAUUUUGUAAUAAAAAAAAGUUGUGACACUGAGACUUCGAGUGUAGAUCAAGAGUUUUCAGUCUUUCAAGCAAAAAUACUUUAUGAGAUGUUGCCUAAAUAUUCCACUUUCUGCUCUUUUUUAAAUGGUCUGUUAUUUUGUAUAUUUAUGGGUAUAUUUCCUUAGGUCUUCUCUUAUGCUAUAUUCUUCAACAAAGUUAUAUUCUUUUGUUUGUCUGAACACAUCUGUCCUCAAAUGGUCAUUGGCCAGUUGCACUCUUCUGAUGUAGAUUAAUAAUUUUCCUUCAUAUAAUGAAUUGCUUUUGAUCUGCUCUGUAUUUUACUUGCAGCCGUAUUGCUGAGUGCCUGUUGUAUACUUUAUAGAGUUGAAAUAAAGCGAUUACUUUUGAA